UUCAUCAGUCCAAGGACAUCAUUCGCCUGGAAAGGGGGGGAAGUUUGAUCCUCUUUCUCACGGAUCACAGUUACGGGAGUUUCUCUCCCCUGCUCAGCGAGCACCAGGAUUUCCUUCUUUAACUUUUGAAUUCUUCGUGUAGGUCUAGCAGAACAACAUUGUGUAGAAUAACAGAUUUCGCAGAGGCUAAUUUAGCUCCGCUAACACGGGGAUUCAAUUUUAUUUGCUCACUUUUCGUUUCCUUUUGUCAUUUGAGCCCAAAUGACUAUGCUCCUUGACAGUGGUCCUCAGUUCCCAUCGCUUGGAGUUGGGGGGUUCGGAACACCGAGGCACCAUGAACUCGGGAACAGAGACCCGGGUCUGGGACUAAAUCCCUUCGCAGAUUCCUCCCAUUCGGCAGCUUUCAAGCUCAGUCCAGUGACACACGAUAUCGCAUCUAGUCAGACGUCCGCGUUUACUCCGCAAGCAACUGGAUAUGCAGCCGCGCUUGGGCACCACCACGGCGGACAGGUGGGCUCCUACGGCGGGGGAGCGUUCAAUACAACCCGCGACUUUCUCUUCCGAAACCGUGGAGCUGGCAUCGGCGAGUCAGCAGCUUCGAGCGCCCAGCAUGGGAUCUUUGCUGCUUCCGCGGGGAGUCUACACGGACCCCCAGGAAUCUCUGACAACCCGGGACAUCUGUUGUUUCCUGGGCUCCACGAACAGGCAGUAAGCCACACAUCACCGAGCGGACAUGUAGUUAACAGUCAAAUGCAUCUUGGUUUACGCGGGGACAUUUUUGGAAGACCAGACCCGUACCGUCCCGUUGCGAGUCCUCGGACGGACCCUUACGGCACCGCUCAGCUGCAUAACUACAACCACCCGAUCAAUAUGAACAUGGGGAUGAACGUCCCGACACACCACGGCCCAGGGGCUUUCUUUAGAUACAUGAGGCAGCCGAUAAAGCAAGAAAUGUCCUGUAAAUGGAUUGAGGAGAACCAGAUGAACCGACCCAAAAAGACUUGCGAUAGGACUUUCAGCACCAUGCAUGAAAUGGUAACGCAUGUGUCCAUGGAGCACGUUGGCGGCCCGGAGCAGAGUAACCACAUUUGCUUCUGGGAGGAUUGUCCCCGAGAAGGAAAAUCUUUCAAGGCCAAAUACAAACUCGUCAAUCACAUCCGUGUACACACUGGAGAAAAACCCUUCCCGUGUCCGUUCCCAGGCUGUGGCAAAAUAUUUGCCAGAUCGGAAAAUCUGAAAAUACAUAAAAGAACUCAUACAGGAGAGAAACCGUUCAAGUGUGAAUUCGAUGGCUGCGACAGACGCUUCGCCAACAGUAGCGACAGGAAAAAGCACAUGCACGUGCACACUUCUGACAAGCCCUACAUCUGCAAAGUGUGCGACAAGUCCUACACACACCCCAGCUCUCUCAGGAAACACAUGAAGGUACACGAGUCACAGGGCUCAGAGUCGUCUCCUGCAGCAAGUUCUGGAUAUGAAUCAUCCACACCCCCAGUUUUAGUCUCAGCGAGCACAGAGGACCCCACGAAAACCCCACCGUCUGCAGUGCAAAACACAUCUGCACACAGCGAUGGACUAGCGCCCAACUUUAAUGAAUGGUACGUUUGAAGUGACAAACAAGCUCUCUAUACGGACCACAAGAGUAAGGAAACCUUCAAAACUAUUCAAGGUGUACAAAAUGGCAUGGGCACAACAUGGAGAGAUAACAGUUUGCCAGCAGGCCUCGUCCUUUCUCAGGAUUCGAAAAAUUGACUUUUAUUCCGAGUUCGAAGAAACAAAUCAUAAAUAAAAUACUUUCUAAGAAUAAAUAAAAUGUUUUUCACUUUUAGUUUUCAGGUUUCAGAUAAUUAUUUUAUUUUUCAUUUUAUGUAUUUUCUCAAAAUUUUAUUUAAAAAUAAAAGGAAGAAUAUUUCACGGUGUUUUAUAUUAAGGUGAGAGUUCACCAUCACCUUUUAAUUGAUUGUUACAACUUCAAACAGUCUUAAGAAACGUGCCAAAGUCUUUGUCUUGAACUUGAACAAGAAAAUAAAUCAUAAAUAAGUAUAUAGCCUACUCGUGAAUGUAUUUCCUUGUUUGAUGGGGUCGAAUCUGUUGUCCACGUCCGUUUUCAGGUGGAGAAGUGUGAUGUUAGGUUACGAUUGUUACAUUUGAAUAUAACGUUGCCUUUUGUUAAUAACGAUGUAAAUACAUAUCCAUGAUGCCAUAUUUAUCAAUUUGUAAUUUAAUUAUCGGCGUAAGAUCCGAAUCUUAAAUGAUAUUUAUGGAAAUAUUUUCUAACAAGACUGUACAGUUUUGGGUCAUAACCAGUUUAACAUUUAAGAAAAAAAUCAUUAACUCUAAAGCUCCCAUUCUGCGAUUGUAUCUUUUUUUACACAAUAAAUGUGUCUUAUUUGGAGAAAAAAAUAUCAAUUACAUAAAUAUAAUUGAUUGACAUUUGUUUAUAUAAUGUUUUUACUUUACUGCCAUUCUUUUUAGCUUGUGAGACCAUUGAUAAACAUGUGAAACAUAAAUUCUGUAGUUGAAAAAAUAUAUAAAGCACGUCUAUCGACAUGCUUUUAAAUUUUGAUCAAAUUAACUACUUUUUUAUGUAUUUACUUUAGCAUCAGAGCGUAGACCUAAUUUGUACUAGCAAAGCUUAGCUACAAAUUUCAAGGGCCCUUCAGCCACUUGCAUUCAUUCCUUGCAUCAUGAUCAGAUUCUCAGAAAAGUUCUACCAGAGCAUAUAGUUUUCAUUCAUGAACUGUAAACACAUGUGACAGUGUACAAAACACCAUUUCUAAAUUCUUUGGGAUGAGCCCAACCAUGAGUCCGUAUCCAUUUAUUGAUGGUUCCUACUGUCUUUGUGGAUGCAAGUAGCUACGUGUUUAAAUGUGUCCAUUAACAACAAUGAACUGUCACAACACAGGAAUUUCAAAAUAAAAGUUUUUUGUCAGCUUG